AUGUCUCUUAAAAUGAUUUGGGUGGAUUACUGUAAGAAUGGUUCUAUACAUGGAUUGAGGCACGUCAUUCAGAAAGACAGAAAACCUUGUGAGAGGUAUGAAAUACAUUCUAUUAUAAAUAUACUAAUAUGUUCAAAUCCAUAUUUUUUUUCUAAAUGAGAUUAUUAUUGCAUUCAGGUUUAUGUGGAUACUCUCAGUUGUUGUGGCUAGUAUUACACUGGUAGUUUUGUUAUCAGCAUCAUGGGAAAAGUAUUCUUAUUCUCCAAUGAAAAUUGUUGUUGAUGAUCCUCGGUAUCCACUCGCCAAGAUUGAUUUUCCUGCUGUCACAAUUUGUCCUAUCAACAAAAUAAUGUAUUCCAAGGCUCUCAAAUUAGUUUUAAAGUAUUUAUAAAAAUUUUUGUAUCACAAUUUUCAUUAGCAUACAUUUAUUACAAUCAUCAAAAAUGUCAAAUUCCCAAAUACACAGUUUAGAACAAUAAAUUUCUAAUAUUUCUAUAAUUUAUGGAAUAUUAUGUUGAUAUUUUUUUAUAGAAUCAGGUACAGUAAAUUUCCAUGAAAUACUUAUAUUUGAAAAAAAAUUACUUACCUAAUCUAAAAACUUAUAUAUUUUAAAAUGAAAAUUAUACUUAUUUUUAGAGAUGAGACCACUACCCACUUUUGAUUUUUGAAUAGCAAGCUAUAUUCAAAAUUCCUUAAAUAGAUGAAGUUUUAUUUGAAAUACAUUUUAUUGUUAACAUUUUUAAUUCCCUUCAGGCCUACACAAAUUCUUCUUUCCACCCCCUUCCCUACCAGAGUAGAAUAUAUUUUGAUUGAUCUUAAUAAUUUGAUAGAAAUAAGGAUAAUGUAACAUUUUACAAUAAUAUAUAAUUCCCUCCAAAAAGAUUUGAAUAGUUCAUGAAACCUUAAAAAAAAUUAAACUCUUAAAAAUUAAUAUUUCAUGGACAAUUUGACAUGAUAUCUCAAAGUCCCUGCACAAUAUUAUUAAGGGGUAUAUUAUGAAAGACCAAAAGAAUAGAACCAAGUUCUAAUAAAUAGAUAUAAUGGUAGAUAAACUAAUAGUCAGUUAAAAUAACCAAAAUGCAUGAUAUGAUUGUGUUACUGCAAACACCUGUUUGCUCAUUUAUAAUUCAUCAGCCUUUUCUUUGAAAACUAUUCAAGUUUUACAUUAAUAAUUAAUUUUUUGACCACGGAUAUAAUCAAUAGGUGGUUAAAAUUAUUUAAUAACACUUUUUUCAUUACUACAAAAAUCAAGACUGUCAUAUUUUAGACUAUAAAAAUAGUUGUGUUUUAAUUUUAACAUCUUGAUAUACCUUAUUGUGUGUAUCAUAUUAUUAUGUCAAAAACCCAAAGUUAAAUUAUUUUUUUACCUAUUCCAUUUAUGAGGUGCUAAAUUAUAUCAUCAACUCUUAAUAUGAAUGAAAUAUCAAUAUUUUAUAGGAAACCUAAUUUUGUUUUAUUAUUUUUUUAUCAUUUAAUAUAUUAAUAUUAUUAUUGAUUUUGUUUAGUAAAUAUUCCAACAAUGCUGACUUGAGAACCAAGUGGUCUAAUUCUUUACAGACUCUUGGGAGGAUACAGUAUCCACACAAUACAGAUCUAUACUACUUCACAAAGAAUAAAUCCACAAUCGAUAUACCCUUGAAAGAUAUAUCCCACCUCAUGUUUGAAGUAAGCCAUCUUUCUUUAAAUUGUAUAACCAUAGAUAAUAUAAGAUUAAUGUUACCAUUGCUAAUUAAUGGUUAUAACAAUGCCCAUCACAUUUUCUAUUCAUAUAGUUGGCGCCAACCAUAGAUGAUAUGUUCUUCAAAUGUUUUUGGAGAGGUACUAUGUACAAAUGUGCAGAUAUCUUGCGAUUUCAACGUACCGAAGAAGGGUUUUGUUAUUCAUUCAACAGUAAAACAGCCGAACGGAGUAAAAAGUAAAUUAAUGUUACUUUAAUUAAUUUUAAUUAAUGUAUAAUUUAAAAAAUAAAAGUUGAAUAUACAGUUAGGUUUUUUUUAUGGUCACUCAUAUAAUAUUAAGGAAGUAUUAAAACUAUUUUACCCUGAUACUAUAAUAAAAUGAGAGUAAAUGGGAACAAUUUUCACUGCUUUUUGGUAAGAAUUAAUUUUUUGCUAAAUGUUCUUUAAUAUAUUAAGCCUGCAGUUCCAAACAUCAGUAAAACCUUACUUACCUUACUCACUUUGAAGAACAUACAUCUUGAUAAAUUGACUGUCCAAUUUCUAAGAUACCUAUUAUUUUAUGAAAGAUGUUAGGUAUCUAACCUAUAGGUAAUUAAUAAUUGAUAGAACCUAGCUAUACAUGUCUUAUACAUCUUGUUAAGUAUUUAGAUUAAUAAUUUUCAGUUCGUUUCAAAAGGUAUUUUGAAAUUGUGUUCCUAUAGUUUCAUGAUAAAAGCAUAGAUGACCUCAAACCAUGCUAGGGGGUGGAAGAUUUUAUAGUUAUUUUUGUUUUUUCAGUUAUUUGCUAGUUUGACAUGAUUUUUAUUGAUAUUUUGAGUUUAAAAUACAGUCUAGUAUUAAUAAUGUUAACCAGAUUUAAUCAUAUUAUAUACCUAUUUAUAAUUAUUAUUAACAUUUAUUGUACAAUUAAUGAAUCAUAUUCAUAAAUUAUAAAUCAUAAUCAGUUGUUUACAAACAGUAAGAAAACACUCGUUAUAGUAAAACCAAUAGAUUCUUGACACUCCGAAUCUAAAAAUUGUAGAAAAUGAAUGAUUCAUUAUAACUUCAUAAGUAAAUAUUUUCUAAUCAAUAUUUUAUUAUAUAAUUAUAUUUAUAAAAUGGAUAUCUUAAUUUUGUAAAAACAAUUAAAAAAAUUUAAAAAAAAAAAGGAUAAGAUACAAUAAGAUUAAAGAUCAAUUAAUCACAUUUUACAUAUUACUUAUUACAUACAUAUAAUAUGGUUCCAGGGAAAGACUUAAGUGAAUUUCGUGAAAAAACAUUUAAAAAUUACAAAUUAAUUAUUGAACAAUUGUAAACAAUUAUGGAAAAAACUAAAAAGUACAUAAGAAAAUUGAUAAAAAAAAAGUGCCAAACAUUUUUUUUGUUUUUUUUCGAAAAAAGCCAAUUAUAGUACCAAAAAUAUAGAUGUUUAUAAUUUUUAUUUUCUCACCCCAGUGAUAGCGAAAUUAAUCCUCCAUUAGCCCGACUGGAUGGAACGCUCAUUCCACUCAGAAACAAUGCUGCGAGCAAAGGGACAGGAUUGAAAGUGAUCUUAAAUGAUAUGAAUGAAGAAUUCUUUCCAGGCGAUUCACGUCGAAGAGGAUUCAAUGUAAGUUGUAUAACUUAUAAAUAUAUGUGCCAUUCACAAUAUUUUGUAUAGUUAAGUGUCUAUCAAAUUAUAGUUUCAAUUUUUGUUUCCCUCUUUGUUCAAAUUAUCAUUUCCAUAUGCCUGUCCAAAGCUUUGCUAAGAUGGGACUAUCUAUUUUUAUGUUAUAACAUAUUACUUUAUGAAAGUCACUAAUAAUUAAAAAAAAAAAUAAACAAAAAUUAUAAAUUACACUUCAAAAAAUAUAGGUACAGGCGCACAGCUCAAUAGUAAAAUGAGACUUAUUAAAACAUACGUUUGUACUGUUUGAAUAUAGAAAAUAUAGAUGGAAAACACAGGACAUAAAUAAAACCAUAAAAGGUACAUUUCCCUGCCCCCAUUCUUCACGUUGGUAUUUUUAAACUAAUUUUUAACCACUCGUUUGUGCCAGGGAAAUGUACCUAUCAGUACCAACGGUUCAUUUUAAUAUUGAGCUGUAUGCCUGUACCCAUUUUUUUUAUGGUUUAGUUUAUUAUCUUAACUUUUUUCACUUAAAGUCAUAAAAUAAUAAAUUAUAACAUAAAAAUAGAUAUUUGUGUCUUAGUGAAGCUUUGGACAGUUUGAAACCAUUUUGUUUGGUGGAAUAUUUUUUUAGUUUUACUAAUUUCGGAAAACCUAAAAUUAGUUGAUGUUUACAUUAUUUUUAGAUUAAUUUGGUCAUUAAAAUUUCCUUUAACAGUAUUCUCUCUAUCAAAUAUUGGAUUGUAUAUUAUUUGUCUUUAAAGAAAAACACAAUCUCAUUAUUUGUGCUUAAAAUGUAGUUAGGUAGAUGCUUAUUAAAUGGUGUUAUGCAAUAGUAUACCUAAUAAAGUUUAAUUUAAUAUUAAAUUUUUAGCAUUAUUUUUUAUUUCUGCAAUGUUUUCGAUUUAGGUCAUAGUGCAUAAUCCUGAAGCGUUUCCGGAUGUGUCGACUAGUUAUAAAUUGCACGCUGUCCAUGAUCAGAUCAACAGGAUAUCAGUGAGUGUUGCACAGGUGAAGGCGGAUGAUUCGCUAGGUCGGCUCAGUGAUCAUGACCGUCGGUGUUUCAUGUAUGAGUCAACGAAUGGACCAAGCAGCAAUGAGGACAUGUGUUACAGCGAGUGUCGACUGACUACUGUCUACAAAGCGUGCAACUGUACUCAGUACUUUUUCAAACCUUUCAAAGGUAUAAUAAUAUACCUACUAGACCCAUCUAUAAGUUAAAGAUAAAUUGUUCACGACAUAAAACAUACAAUCGAGUUUGUUUAUGUGCACAGAGUAACAGUAGUGAUAAAAUAAUUUUGCUAUUGGAAAGGACAAGUCUGAUUUUUUAACAAAUAUUAUUAUUUACAUAAUAUAUUUUAUAAAAAUGUAUAGGUAAUAUAUAUAAUAUAAUUGCAUACAUUUUAUGUAUAAUUCAAAUUAUUAAGAAAAAUAACCUCCUCAGUGCACAAAUUAAAAAAAAUUUGCCUUUUUAAAAAAGAUGCUACAUUUAAUGAUUACCUCAAGAUUUCAGGUUAAACACAAAUAUCACAUAUCUUUUUCUUAUGUUUGCAAGUACAAAAAAUAAAAAUACACCAUCAUGUAAAAUUAAUAUAUUCCUGGCUACUAACAACAUUCCCAGAUAUUUUGAAUAGGAGGAAAUUCAGUAAAUAACAAUCACAUUCAUGAAUAAAUUAUAGAAUCUCCCUUUGUUAUACUUACAAUUAAAAAGCCAGAUCCAAAAAAGACAAUAAUUUCUAUUGAUAAACUACAAUUUUUUCCUUGCAACUUGACUAAAAUGUAUAAUUUUAAUAUAAAAUUACUAAAUAAACACAUAUAUGUGUUGUGUUUUAUGCCAAUAGUGAGGAUAUAAUCUCUAAUCUAUCUUUUUUGUAUAUGUCAAAAUUUAAAAUAAUAUAAUACAAUUAAGAUAAAUAUAAUUCAAGAGGUAUUAAAAUAGAAAUUAAUAGAAAAAUAUAUUUAUUCAUAUGUAAUUUAUUAAAUAUUUUCAAUUUUUACAAUGCACGUUUACCUAGUUCUAUGGAUAAGUAGCUAAAGCAGACAAUUAAAAAUAUUAAUACUAAUUUUGAUAAAAAUUAUUUGUUACACAAAUUAUACAUAUUUUAAUAGAUGUCAAUAAACUAGUAACCAGUGAUAAUAAACAAUUUUGUAUAUUAACUUCUUCACUCGGGUUUUUUAAAUUUAAUUCCAGGCAUUGCUUCUCAUUGCGGAAUUCAGCAUGUGCCGUGUUUAAUUGAAAAUGAUGGUAAGUUGACUUUUGUGCGCAUACUUCUUUAUUUUAACGAAAUUAUGGAUAUCAUUUUAAUACAUUUUAUUUCAUGUUGAUUGCAGUAAUUCAACGUAAUCCCCAAGCGCCAGAUAAUGAACCCGGAUUUCCAAAAUGGAGUGUACCAGUUUCUAUGAACUGCAGUUGCCCACCGCCAUGUUCUUUUAUCACUUAUACCACAGAGAUACAACAAGAGAUGAGGUAAGUCAUAAGUAAAAUAUAAACCACUCCAUACAGGUUGAAAUUAUAAUGUUUUGGACCAUACGUGUUAGCAGAAAAUUAUUAUUAUUAUACAUAUAGGUAAUAAACAACAUCAGUGGCAUAAUUAAAUUGAGAUUUUGAGUAGUGGAGGGUGAUGUAUACACUUCACCUUACCUAAAACCUAAACUAGUGUUUAAAUUGAAAAAAUAAAAUAACAGGAAUUACAAGAAAAAUUAGUUGAGGUACUCCAUCUACAUGUGUCUAUAUCAAGUCUUUAAAUCAUGUUUAUGUGUAAACAAUGUAUAUUUUCUGAUUUAAAUACCUGCUAACAAUAUUUAAAAUGUAUUCAGAAUAUAGACUAGGAAUUUUGUAUAUGCAUAUGUAGUGUCUAUUAAAUAUAUUAUAAUAAUUGAAUAACAUGCCACUUUCGGAAAUUUUAAAUGUUAAUGUGGAUACACAAUAAAGUAUUUCAGAAUGUUGUAAUGUAACAUGUAUUUGUGUUGGUGCUCAUAACACUAUUCAUAUAUUAUUUAGAACACCAUACUGAAUGUGUUGUUUGCUGUUCAAUGAACAGCAUUCAUGCUGUUCUGUGCAAUUUUUUCAACAUUUUUGAAAAAAUUUAAUUUGAUCUUCUCAAAAAAUAAGAGAAAUAUUUCAUUAUAUAAUCCUGAAGUUAAGAAAACUAUAAUUUUUUUUUACAAUUUACAGACAUCCUAUUAACAUAAAUCCAUCUACUACUUUGAUGUAUAAGGUAAUUCUGGAAGUCAAUUACAGAGAACUAUUCGCCACUAGCUAUCAGAGAUCCAUGAAAUAUACUACUCAAGACUUGUUAGGUAAGCAGAUAUAAAAGUAAAUGUUUGUACCCCCAUGUUUGGCAGAUUUUCUAAGGUUGUUAAUAUUAAAUUUUUUUUUAAUUUCUUUACUGUAUGUAUAUGAAAAUAGUGAAUAUAGGGUUUGAGUAUUAAAUAUGUGGGAGAAGACUAGUUGGUAAGCAAAACCUGGGUUUUUUUCUUAGCAUCAAUCCACCAAAAUGGUUUGAAAAAUGCAUGUAUACCAAAAAACCCACUUGAUUUUUUUUUAUUGAAGGACCAUAAGAUUAAUUGACAAUUAACGAUUUAUUGUGUAUUAAAUAAUUAAAUAAUUGUACUAUCAUGAUUUAGCAACUCUUUUUUUAUGUGACUAAAAAUAGUUAACAAUAUUAGUAAUAAUAAUAAUAAGUAACAGAAUAUGUAUUUAUUUUUUUUGUUUUUGCUAUUUCUAUUAUCUGAUGAUUUUUUUAUCAAAACUGGUCAUAUUUACAUUUUUAGUCUUUUUUUUUCUUUACUAUAUCUAUAAUAUGGUAAUGGAAAAUGGAAAUGAACUUAAUAUGUUUAAAUGAUAGAUGUUAAGGAAAAGAAGAUAAAAUUAACAGCUGAACAAUAUGGAAAAUCAAGUAGAAUUCAAUUUUAAAGGUUAUGUCAGGAAAGCCAACAUUAGUAUAAUAAAGAUAGUAAUUUGUGAGCUAUCUAAAAUAGCAAAAUAUUGUGCUAGACUGAAACAAUUGUGGCUAGAUGCAGUAUUGAAUCAAUCUAUACAUUUUUCUGGGGGUGGGGGAGGGGAACUAAAAUUAUAGUAAUGAACUUUUUUUUUCUUUUCUUAUCUACUCUCUUACUAUGACCAAUCAAAUUUGUAUUAAUUUACCUAUAUUUUACGGGGGAGGGGGGGGAUGGAAACAAAAUUUUAGGAAGGGUACCCUGUUAUAUACCUGAAUUCAAUAAUACUGGCUAAAAGUGAUCAAAAGAGACAUAGUGGAGUUGAUACCAAAUUAGUAUGGAUAUAUUGUGAAUAAUGAGGAGGAAUGGAAAAAAUUGAUAUUAACAGUGAAGGGCUUAGGCCCUAGAUAGUUUAUAAAAAUGAAUAAUGCCAGAUUCAAAAAAAAAAAAAAAAAAUGUUAAAAAUAAACAUAUUGGUUUAUUUUAAUAUUAACUAAUGGUUUUCAAUUACAAUUAUUGGGUAUUGGAUAUAUCUCCUUGAAUAGUUAUUAUUAUGCCAUCAGUAUCAACAGGUUUUUUAUUUUUUAGAGGACAAUGUAGUUUGGUGGACCUCUAUUGUUCAUUAACUUAAAUUUUUGCUGUUUGUUUGUUAAAAUAAUAUUUUUUUUUUUUUUUUUAACAGUGUCAUUUGGAGGAAUGGCCAGCCUAUUCCUUGGUUGCAGUCUAGUAAGCGUAGUGGAGAUUCUGUAUGUAGUCUACAAGACAUUGUUGGUGCUCAAACAAAAUUACAUCAAUUUCAACAUGAAUAAAGUGAACACUAUUAAAACUGAAAAGUAUCAGCAAUAUCCAUUUGUUUAUUGA